AUGAAUGAUGAGCUGCAGUCCAAAGCUGACAGGGCCGAAAAAGCUGAAAAUCUGGCUCGACUAGCCGAGCUGAAACAGCUUAAGGCUGAAGAGGAGACCUCAGCUACGAAGCUGGAGAUGCAAAGGAUGGACGAGAAUUUCCGCUCCUUUUGCCGAGGCCUGGAACAGACUGUCUUUCCUUGGAUUGAAGAGGGUCAGUCUCUAAUGAAGGAAUACGGAGCCGAUACCAUUGCUGAGUUCAAGGCUCGUAUCGAGAAUAAGAUGAAUGAAGAGGCUGAAUCCCGACAACAGUUAAUUUUAGAUCAUGAAAGUCAGGUUGCUCUUAUCCGUACAGAAGCUAAGGAUAAGCAAUCUGAGCUCGAAGUCGAGGUCCAGAAGCUGAAGGAUGUGUUAGAAGCUGAGAAGAAGGUAUCCUCCAAGGCCUCAUCUGAUCUCACUGCUGCUGAGGAAUUGCUAAAGACCAGGAUCUAUACUGAAGCAGAAUAUGCUGAAGGAUAUGAAAAUGGUUGGAAGGUUGCUCGGCGACUGGCCUUCCAUCUUGAACCUAAAAUUAACUGGGAUCAGGCUGAGGCUUGGUCCAUGGAUCCGGCAGAUGCUCAUAUGUAUGAGGCUAGUCUAGCCGAGGUUGCAUUCCUGGCUCGGCAAGCUAAGAAUGAGGAAAGAGAGAAAGAAGCUGCUAAAGAGCUGAAUGUCGCCCAUCCUGCUUCCUCUUCAACCGAUGUUGAUGCUUUGGCUGCCCCGAAUGACGUUCCCAAGAAUGCUGAAGCAUAG